AUGAUCAAUUUAUAUUUAUAUUAUGCUGCAGAGACGUUCUUGCUAAGAAUUGCUUAUAAGUUGGUAGUUGACGACUUUCUAGCUGUCAGGGUUUUAGAUGUUGGAGACGUAGUGGAGUUUCUAGAAUCAGUAGAUAGACGAACUAGUAAGUCGGUGGCGGUAAUGAUAAAGAAAAUAAAAAAUACGGCGUCGCCCGCCUCUGAAUUCGAAAAUAUGGAUGCUUUUUUUGUGGAAAAUACACGGAUCAAGGAUGAACAUGCAAAAUUAAAAAAAGAUGGAAUAAAAAUAAGAAAACCUUAUGACGACUGUUCGAAGGAUUCUACAUUGUUGUCAAGUGAAGAAGUUGAAACAGUAUCCGCUCGUACGUGGUCACAGCACUGGCAGGAACAAGAACAACGAGCAGAUUGUAAAAAAUCACUUGAAAUUGCAAAGCAGAAGAAAACAGCUGAAAAUCAGGAUUUCAUCUACAGAGUGAGAGGAGAACCAGGAAACAUGAAAGUAGUAAAGGGUGGUCUUAGCGGUGGUGGUAAUGAUAGUGAUGAAAAUGAUUAUGAUUUUGAUAGUAAUGAUGAUAAUAAUAACAGUGAUAACGGUGGUAAAGUUGGUGGUAGCGAAACCGAUGACUAUGGCAUGAUCCUUGCUGACAAUAUUGAUAUGGAUAAAUUGCAGUAA